GUGAACGAGACUCCAAGUUGUAGUUCCAUAGCUUCCAUAGAGUGAAAUUUUUUAUAGUGCUUUUAGUUUCAAUCGCGACUCGAUCGUAACGUGCAGACUUUUGUGUCAUGGUGGAAGAUUUUUGUUUAAUUUUCAAUUAGAAAAUUCCACCAAUUUCCCUUCCUUGUUGCCAAACUGUAGACCAGAGAGAGAGAUAUUUCCUCUUGUGUGUUUCAUUGCUGGUGCAUUUGAUAAUCGCUUAUAGAGCAGUGACAAACUCUUGGAAUAUUUGUAAGUUUUCACUCCAAGAUAUUUCAUCACUUGAAGGUGAUUUUUUUCUUGUGGGGGAAUCUUAUGGAUUUGUGUACACGGAAAAGGUGAAGUGUUGGCGAGAAAGAAACUGAGUAAAAUCUAUUCCUCUGCCGAUUCGCAAAUCUUCAUUGGAUAUCACAAAAGAGGGACUCCGAAGUCACACGGAAAGAGUUUUGAGCAAUCUGUGCACAGCGACAAUGAUGGAAAGUGUUCCGCCACCUUCGGACAAGAGGAGGCUGAAGAAGAUGUUCAGCUGGACCGACGAUGGAACAGGAGGCAGUGAUACAAACGUAACGACAAUUGAGGAUGGAGGAACCAUGUGGAACAGACAGCAACAGGCGGUGUCUGUGCGGCAUGCCUUCAAACAGUAUGGAUCUAAGUCAAAACCAAAUCAAGUACUCAGUAACCUCAAUAUGACAGUAGCCAAAGGGACAAUAUAUGGCCUCUUGGGUGCUUCUGGAUGUGGCAAAACAACCCUCUUGUCCUGCAUCGUGGGCCGCCGGCGUCUCAACUCUGGCGAAAUCUGGGUGCUGGGCGGCCGGCCGGGCACCAAGGGCUCCGGCGUGCCGGGGGCGCAGGUGGGCUACAUGCCGCAGGAGAUCGCACUCUAUGGCGAGUUCACCAUCAAAGAGACAAUGAUGUACUUCGGCUGGAUCUUUGGCAUGCAGACAUCAGAGAUUAUGGAGAGACUUCAGUUUCUCCUCAACUUUCUCGAUUUGCCCUCGCAGAAUCGUCUCGUGAAGAACCUCAGUGGUGGUCAACAGAGGCGAGUGUCCUUCGCCGUGGCUCUGAUGCACGAUCCCGAGCUGCUCAUCCUGGAUGAGCCCACGGUGGGUGUGGAUCCGCUCCUGCGGCAGAGCAUAUGGAAUCACCUCGUGCACAUAACCAAAGCCGGCCAGAAGACAGUUAUCAUCACGACUCACUACAUCGAGGAAGCCCGACAGGCGCAUACCAUCGGCCUUAUGCGCUCUGGUCGACUUCUAGCCGAGGAGUCGCCGCAGGUGCUCCUGUCCAUGUACCGGUGCCAGAGUCUAGAGGAUGUCUUUCUCAAGUUGUCGCGGAAACAGGGUGCUAAUGGGGCGGUGGCCACGACGGAACCAAUGAACAUCAGCAACAACAUCUCCCUGUCAGCCUUAGCCUUUGGCAGCAAGAAGGACAAUCCCGUGUAUGUGAGUCAAGAGAGUGGCGUUGUGGGCCUCAACUUCCACCAGAGCAAAGAAAUCCUAAUCAGUGACUCCAAUGGAUCCACUAUUGGAAUUAAUGAUGCACCGCCACAUCCUCAGAACACAGCGAUUGAUUGCGACGAUUGCGGCAGCUGCUCGAAUUGCUUCAACAUUACCUCUCGAGGAAAAAUUCGUGCACUCCUCCAGAAGAAUUUCUUACGAAUGUGGCGAAAUGUGGGCGUCAUGCUCUUCAUUUUCGCUCUCCCAGUCAUGCAGGUCAUACUCUUCUGCUUGGCAAUUGGAAGAGAUCCGACCGGACUCAAGUUGGCCAUAGUGAAUCAGGAAAUUGAAGGAGAUAACUGCACUUUCAAUCCAGGAUGCAAAUUCGGCAAUCUAUCGUGUCGUUAUCUGAGCCAUCUGAGCAACAAUAUCGACCAGAACUUCUAUCCAACACCCGAAGACGCUAUAAAUGCCGUGAAAGCGGGCGAUGCUUGGGGUGUUCUCUACUUUACAGACAACUUCACAGACGCUCUGGUUGCAAGAAUAUCGUUGGGAAGAGAAGCUGAUGAUGAGACUCUGGAUCAGUCGGAAAUCCGCGUGUGGCUGGAUAUGUCAAACCAGCAGAUUGGCAUCAUGCUGAACAGGGAUCUGCAGUUGGCUUACAAGGACUUCGCUCAGACCUUCCUCAAGACAUGCGGCAACAAUCCCAAGCUAGGAGACGUGCCGAUACAGUUCAAGCAGCCCAUCUACGGCACGAGUGACCCGUCGUUUACGGAUUUCGUGGCGCCAGGAGUCAUCUUAACAAUCGUCUUCUUCUUGGCCGUGGCUCUCACGUCGUCCGCCCUCAUCAUCGAGCGCACCGAAGGACUUCUGGAUCGCUCAUGGGUGGCCGGCGUGACGCCCACGGAGAUCUUGUUCUCGCACGUGGUCACCCAGUUCGUGGUGAUGUGUGGCCAGACUGCCCUUGUGCUCAUCUUCAUGAUCCUCGUCUUCGGCGUGACCUGCAACGGUGACAUCUUCUGGGUCAUCGUGCUGACACUGCUGCAAGGCCUGUGCGGCAUGUGCUUCGGCUUUGUCAUCUCUGCCAUCUGCGAGCUGGAGCGCAACGCCAUUCAGCUGGCUCUGGGCUCCUUCUACCCCACGCUGCUCCUCUCCGGCGUCAUCUGGCCCAUCGAGGGCAUGCCCGAGUUCCUCAGGUACAUCUCCCUGGGACUCCCGCUCACCAUGGCCACCACGUCGCUGCGAUCGAUGCUGAGCCGCGGCUGGGAAAUCACCGAGCCCGACGUCUACUUUGGCUUCAUUUCGACCAUCCUCUGGAUUGUGGGAUUCCUUAUCAUUACAUUGACAGUACUUAAGUUCAAGCGAGGUUAAUAUAGUACCUAUUUAUUUGAGUGUUAAAAUUAAUUAUUGUUAAUUUUUGUAAUGUGUAAUGGAAUUAAUGCUUUUGCGGUGUACAAUAAUUUAUCGAUAUUUCCAUGAUUAGGUUUUUUUUCUGUCUGCAAAUAAUUGCACUCUUUUCUGGUGCAAACACAACAACAACAACAAGAACACAAGAAAAUCAACAAUUUGCAAUAGUCCACUGAAUCUAUCCGUAGAUUCUGCUGGUCUGGCGCAAUUAGUGUGAAUGUUUGGGAAAUUUUUGAAAGUUUUUUGGGUAACUUCUUUCCAAUUCACUUCCUUCAAAAUCCUGUUUCACUCUUUGUAUUUCUUUCUUCAUCUUCUCUGAAAUACCCCACUUUUGUCUUCUAUUUUUUUUUUAAGUCCUCUUUAUUUAGUGGAGAAAGAGAGAAAUGGUUAAUAAGAAUGUCUGUGAUUUUUUACACACAAAAAAUCAUUCUGUAUUUUUAAAAUAGUUUUGAAGUCCAUAUAUUUUCAAGUGUAUUUGUAAUGUUAAUAGGGGAGAAUGUAGAUAAUAUGAAAUUGAUUUAUAAUAAAAUUAUUAAAAGGA